GUUUGGUGGAAAGUUUGGAAAAACGUCUUCAACAAAUGGAAAAACUUUUACAACCCCUUAAGGAACAAGGUCUUGUGGAUGAUAGUGAGAUUGAUGAUAAGCCUAUUGGUGGUUAUUCCUCUUCUAAAAAACCACGAUUAAGUUCUGAUGAUGUUUCUUUCUCUGCUCAGAAUAAUUCUUUGGAAAUUACAAUAAUUCAAAUCAACAAUCUCGACCAUCUUAUCAACAAAAUGAAUUCAACAUAUAUUCUCAGCAAAAGAGUGAACCACAAAUUAAUCAAUUACAAAUGCCAAGUGAUCAAAUACAAAAAGUAAUGGAACAUCAUGAUAACUCUCAAAAAAGUGAAAAUGAUUCAGCUGGUUCGGGAAAGGAGGAUGAUGAACUUAUCUAUUUUGGAAAGACUUCUUUGUUAAAACCUGGAUUUCGUCAUACUUCAGAGAUUAUGUGUAAGAAUGCUGUUCCUCCUGAAUCUCCAACAAUUUCUGAAGGAUCAUCCCAAUCCGGUAUUAAUUCGGGUGAUACUACUCCAAUUCUUAAUUCCCCGAUUCCGAGAAUUAUCAUAGCUAGUGAUCAUAUACCAAUAGAGAUUAUUGAACAUCUCGCUUCUUGUUUUUUCCGUUACAUUGAUAUUCAACUUUCUAUAUUCCAUGAAGCUACUUUUAUGAGACAAUUAAGACAAAAUAAAGUAUCAGCCUUUUUAGUAUAUGCCAUGUGCGCAGUAAGUUCUAGGUAUGCUACUCAUCCAGCUAUUGUUCGUAAACCUCCUUAUACGGCAGGUGAACAAUUUGCGAAUGUGGCGACCAAGAUGAUAUUGCAAUCUUUCGAUUAUCCUUCCGUUGAAUAUGUUCAAGCGUUUAUUUUAUUGACCCUCCACAAUUUUGGUACCUGCAAAGGGCCAAGAGCUUGGAUGUACAUUGGAAUGGCCAUAAGAAUGGCACAAGAAAUAGGCCUUCAUAAGAUAGACGAAACAGCUUCUGGUGCUCAGCCUGUAAAGCUUAAAUCAGAAGCAACCUUUAUACAAAAAGAAACUAAAAGGCGUAUCUUUUGGGCGUGUUUCCUGCUUGAUAGAUACUCUGCGUGCGCACUUGGCAGACCUACAUUGAUAGAUGAAGAUGAUUGUGAUGUGAGAUUGCCUUGUAAUGAAGCCAUCUGGAAUUAUGAUCAUCCUUUUUCAAAAUCAUUGAUCGAAGGAUAUUUUAAUGAAGUUCACGUCAAGCGAGAUUCACGUAUAAAUCUUACAAAUAAUGGAUUAUGUGCUUGUUUUAUUAGCGUAGCUGCCUUACUUGGAAGAGUUACCCAGUUCGUAAAUCGAUCCAAACCAGCCAAUUCAUUACCACCUUGGGAUCCACAAUCUCAAUUUUCCAUAUUGGCAAAUGAAUUAGAUAUGUGGUAUAAUUCAUUGUCUCCUCAUUACACUUACUCAAAAGAAAGACUUCAGAAAUUAAUGACAAAUGGUACCGGAGUCAUCUUUUCUUCAUUACAUUUACUAUUCAAUGCAACUGUAAUUGUUCUGAAUCGACCAAAUAUCGCAAUUUUGCAAAAUAAUGAGGUUGGGGAACCACAUCUAGAGUUCAUGCGUGCAUCAGCGGAACGUUGCAGCGCCGCAGCAAAAGUAGUAGUUGCAAUAGCUUCAGAUAUUCUUCAAAAUGGUUGUCAAUGUUUUAGCCCUUAUACUGUAUACCCUAUAUUCGUAUCCACCACAAUUCUCAUUAAUGAUACUUAUAGUUCAAAAAUUUCGGUUGCUGAAGAAGCUAAAAUGAAUUUAUCAACAGUUGAAAAAUAUUUGACAACAAUGGGACCUUAUUGGGCGAUGGGUAAUAAAUUCUUGUGCAUGAUUAAUGAAAUGCGAAAAAUGAGAGCUGAAGAAUUCGCUUCACCACGUUGGUUGGGAAGCAUUAACGAACCAUCUGUUCCAAAUGACACGUUUUCUAGUUUCCUUCGUUCUACUGGACCCUUUACUCCAAGAACAUUAUCACGUAUUUUAAAAACAAAACCUGGGGAAAAUUCAACAGAUAAUGAUUAUUUUACUCAAGAUACAGCAGUAGCUUUCAAUAAUUUUCCACCACCUGUUUAUGAAGGAUACCCAAUGAUAGAUUUGCCAUUAUUACAAAAUUUCGAUUGGAACAUGUCAGAAAGAGAUUUUAUAUUAAAUCGUCCACUUAAACAUUGGAGUUCGAUUAAUGGUUCAACAAAUGAUGAUUCUACAAAUGAUACUAGGUCCAUGUCUACUACAACUGUUUCCAGUAACACUCCAAAUGGUUCUGCUUGAGUAUAUAUAUAUAUAACAGGGAUUGAUUUUAUAUAUGCUAAUUAAUCUCUCUAUCAUGUCCCCAAAAAAAAUUUCAAGCUUACCAUCUUUUACCAACCUUAAUAGGUCAACGCAAUAAUAGUUCAUUCAUUAUUAUACGGUAAGGGUAAGAUGUUUUAAAAAUAUUAGAUUUUCUUCUUUUUUUUUUUUGUAAUAUAGGAUUUUUUUAGAAAUGUAUGAAUAU